AUGCCCAACGAAGGUUUAGUGGUACCCUUCCUGGGUGCGCUACAAGCCUGUGUUUCCGUCCUAUUGACAAUGUGCUAUGGUUUUGCUGCUCGUCGGCUCCAGUUGAUUCACGAGACGACAAUCAAUGACAUGUUGGGAUUAGGCGUGAAACUCCUCCUACCAGCCCUAUUAAUCGUGCAUUUGGGCGAGGAGCUUCGCCUCGAGACGGCGACGAACUAUAUUCCAGUCAUAAUCUGGUCGAUCUUCUACACAUCAGCGUCGAUUGGCCUUGUGCAUUUCUUAUCGCGUCUUCUCAGCCUGCCUCAAUGGGUAACACCGGCUUGCACGUUCAACAACACCACAUCUCUACCCUUGUUACUACUCCACUCCCUCCAGAGCGUAGGAAGUCUGAAAUUGAUCCUACGAAAUGGCGAAACCGCCUCAUCAGCAGUCGACCGUGCUCAGAGUUACUUCCUUGUCUGCGGCGUGAUCAGCAAGACUAUCGCGUAUAUCGUUGGACCGAAGAUGUUAUAUGAUCGCGGAGAUAACCUCAGUAGCCCAGAGGAGCGAGAUCGCACCGCAAGCAUUCUAGCAGAGGACGAACAACUCACCGAAGAAACUUCACUACUCCCGCAACGCGCUCAGCAAGCCCGAACAUCAGCCGGGAACCUAAUCCGGCGACCGAUGCACUGGCUCGGCUCAUUAUUCCCCCGCCGAGUCAAGCAGGAACUCCUCGCGCCCUUCGAAUCCCCAUUCGCCGACGUGGCAAUAAUCUGCACGAUUCUCGGUACGGUGCUGGGACUAGUCCCUUCGUUGCACCGAGCAUUUUUCUUUGACGAGGAAGAUGGUGGGGUAUUUAAUGCGUGGUUGACUGCAAGCAUCCGCAACAUUGGCGAGCUGUUUACGACGCUGCAAAUCUUCAUGGUUGGCUGUAAGCUUGGAAUCACUUUCGAGCGAAUGGUCGCAGAAGGGAAUUCGGCCCGGAUUCCAGUCAAGGCUAUCACGACUAUCUUUAUCGUUCGUUUGGUGGCCUGGCCGGCGUUGAGUGUUUCACUCAUCUAUGGCCUAGCUAAGAGAACUCAUCUGCUUGGUGACGAUCCGAUGCUCUGGUUUAGUAUGAUGCUGAUGCCUGCUGGUCCACCAGCACUGGUGAUUUCUGGGUUAGCAGAACUGGCACAGGCGUCUGAGAUGGAAAAGAUGGUUAUUGCAAAAACGUUGACGAUCAUGUAUGCGUUGUCGCCCUUUGUAUGUUUUAGCAUUACGGGGGCGCUUAAAGCUUCCGAAGCAGUAUUGAAAGAUAAACGAUGA